AUGGCAGAUCACGGGGAAAUAGCGUGGGGUCUCCAGCACCGUUCUGGCCGUGGACUGGGAGCGCGCGAGGGCCUGGCAGCACCUGCCAGGAGGCUCAGCAAAUGGAAACGCAAGGCCCUGAUGCGUCAAGCAGAGGAAGCUGGGGACGGGAAGGGUGCUCUGGCCCAAACAGCCCUCUCCCCCGUGCCAAUGAGAGGAGCUGCCUUGAGACGUUCCAUCCUGGUCAACCAGCUGCCUCGCAUCUUCAUGAAGGACCCUAAGCAGCUGAGAGACAGAGGCCAGGCCCCCGCUGCCUCCUUUGCGCUCCCGACGCCCUGCGCCUCCCUCGCGGGGCGGGCCCCCCGGCGGUCAGGCGAGCCGGCGAGAGGCCAAGCGGCGGGCGCUUCGGCCGGGACGCUGACCUGCGCCGCGGCUGUGCUUGCAGCGGUCACCAGAGUCCACUUGCUGGAGAUCAAGGCCGAUGCCCAAGUUCAGGCGUUUGCGGGCGAGCCGGUGACCCUCAACUGCUGGUUCAGGUCCUCCACUCCGGUCACAGAGAAGCUCACCGUGGACUGGACCUACCGGCCUCUUGCAGGGGGCAGCUUGGAGCCGGUCUUGCACUACCAGUCCGAUGCCUACCCAGCCAAGGGAGGCAGCUUCCGUGACCGAGUCUCCUGGGCUGGCAACGUGGCCAAGCAGGAUGCUUCCAUUAUGAUCUCCAACCCAACCCUGGAGGAUAAUGGGACGUUCACCUGUUCGGUGAAGAACCCCCCCGAUGUGCAGCACAACAUCCCCCAGACCCUGCUGACGGUCACCCAGAGAGGUGCCUCCUUCCAGCUGACGUCAUCUGGACUGCUCUCCAUCCUGAUCUUUCUCCCCUCUGCCAUCGUGGUGAUUCUGCUGCUGGUUCGGAUGAGUAAGAAAUCCGGGCUGAUGAAAGCAAGGAGGCGGCCUGUCUACAAGAAGUCCUCCAUUGAAGUCUCUGAAGAACCUGAGCAAGGUGGCUGCAGGAAGCAGCUGGCUGGCUUUUGUUUGCAGUGCCUGGACACUGAUGAGGAGGAACCAUACUGAUAGAAGGAUGAGGAUUCCCUUUUGUGGUGCCACCAGGAUCCAGCUUAGGAAUGACGGAAUGGAACUUUGCCCCCUGCGUAAAAGUGACAAGAGGGGCCUGGACUAAUAUGACCAGACUUCAUUCCAUUCUAGGAAUGAUCCUGAUCUGAUAUUUCCUCUCUGUUGGCUUUCUCUUGCCCUAUGAAUUAGCCUGGUGGAGGGUCUGUCACCACAGCCAGGCUCUUGGGAUUAUGCUUCUGCAGUUGGUUCAUGAAAUGGGGGCACAGUCCCAAGUUCCUCAUGGGUUUUUCUGUCCUGAGAAGCCACCCAUAUGGUUUGAGUUCACAGCAGGAAGGGAAGGUGGUGAGGGGCUAGCUUAGAGAUGUUGGGUAGAGCUCUUCGUGGUGCCACCUGGAGGCAGCAAAUGUUGGCUACUGCAGUUUGGCCAUUGUUUGAUGCAAACACAUGUGUACAGUGGUUGCAGGGACCUUCCCUAUGUUUCUGGGAGUGGGCCUCCCGUGGAAAGGGGGCCAAGUCUCUUACGCCUCCAGCUGGUCUUUUAGCUUCUGAUUGGUAUGAAUGAACUCAUGCAAGCUGAGCACUGUGGCCUUAACAUGGCAGCACGUAUGACAUGCUGAAGCUAAGUUUUUAGGCUGUUCCCAACUCUCAUAUUUGGGAAUGCUGGUCUGAGAGCCUUCACCUGCAGAUCCCACCCUCCCUUUCUUUACUUCCUUGGUGGGCUUUCCUUUGGAGAAAGCCCGUCCUUCUGCAACCAAUAAAUGGCUUGUACCAGC